AUGAAUUAUAGAAUUACACAAGGUGCCUUUCGUGAAUGUCUUCAACAUUUAUAUAAAAAUAUUAAUAAUAAAGAUUUGCAAGUAAAUAUUUGUGGAAAACCAACAGUGAAUACUUUUACAUAUACAAAAUGGGCAAUUAAUAAUUUGAAGAAAGAUUUUUCUGGUGAAAUUUAUAUGAUUGGUGAUAAUCCUAAAUCAGAUAUUAAAGGAGCAAAUGAAAAUGGUUUUAUUCGAUUCUAG